AUGAUUUCGCAGCUUGACAUUUUCGCCGUGCAUCCCGCAUUGGCAACGUCUAGUCUCCGCCAAUGCGCCCCUUUUAGAACAGUGGAUAAGAGAGAGAAACGAUUUCGCAUGAAUGGAUCAAUUCGACGUUUUAAGGGGAGUGCUUAUCCUAGAGAUUGGGAUUAUAAGAGGUUCAGGGAAAUUGCUGAUAAGUGUGGAGCGCUUCUUCUUUGUGACAUGGCUCACAUCAGUGGGCUUGUUGCUGCUCAGGAAGCAGCAGAUCCAUUUGAGUAUUGUGACAUAGUUACAACUACCACUCACAAGAGCCUUCGGGGCCCUAGGGCUGGUAUGAUCUUCUACAGGAAGGGUCCAAAGCCUCCCAAGAAGGGCCAGCCUGAGGAUGCAGUUUAUGACUUUGAGGACAAGAUCAACUUUGCAGUUUUCCCGUCUCUGCAGGGUGGUCCUCACAACCACCAGAUUGGUGCUCUUGCUGUGGCAUUGAAACAGGCUAUGUCACCUGGAUUUAAGGCCUAUGCUAAGCAAGUCAGGGCCAAUGCAGUUGCCCUUGGAAAUUAUCUAAUGACCAAAGGAUACAAGCUUGUCACUGGUGGAACUGAAAACCACCUUGUUCUGUGGGAUCUUCGCCCCCUUGGAUUGACAGGGAACAAGGUAGAGAAGCUUUGUGACCUAUGCAACAUUACCGUUAACAAAAAUGCCGUGUUCGGUGACAGCAGUGCAUUGGCUCCGGGAGGGGUUCGCAUUGGUGCUCCUGCCAUGACAUCAAGAGGAUUGGUUGAGAAAGACUUCGAGCAAAUUGCUGAGUUCCUCCACAGGGCUGUGACCAUAACUUUGAAUAUCCAGAAGGAGCACGGGAAGCUUUUGAAGGACUUCAACAAAGGUUUAGUGAACAACAAAGAUAUCGAGGAACUCAAGGCUGAUGUCGAGAAGUUUUCUGGCUCUUUUGACAUGCCGGGAUUCCUGAUGUCUGAGAUGAAGUACAAAGACUAAGAUGGUUCUUGCAUUGAAGAAUUUGUUAUUACUAGUACUUUUCUGGUGAUUUGAUUUGAUUAAAUCAUAAAAUUUCCCGCAAAAAGAUUAUAGAACUUUUGCUUGGAAGGGGAAAUAAUUUCCGCAUUUUCAAUCAGUUCUUUUGUUACUUUACUGUGUUGAAAUACAUUUCUUUUUUUACCUUUUGUU